GGCCUGUGUCAUGUAUUACUUUUCUCUAUGGCCUGUGUUCGGUAGUGUUUGUUUACCAUUGGGUGAUCUGUUCAUCGUAUUUUUAAUUCAAAAAGUGAAAUUAAUAAACGAUGGCCGUCUUUGUAACUAAAGCAAUGUUAGCUAAAUUUAAUAAUAAAAUUGAAAUCCCGUACAUGCCGGUAAAAGAGGAUGAAACGUAUGGAACAGAUAGUCAUUGGCAAAACAUUCCAAUGGAUAGCGACUCUUUGUCUAAGGGGUCAAUUUGCAGAGUAUGUGGUAGAGAAGGACAUAGACUGUUGAGUGAAAAGAUCAAUGGUUAUGAUGUUAUGAGUGCUAUCUGCAGCAUCACAAAUGUUACAAUAAGUCUUGAUGAUUCUCUACCUAAAUAUAUCUGUUAUGAUUGCCUGGAAGCAUUAAAAAUUGCAAUGAAUUUUAAGAUGACAUGUGAGGUAUCUGAUAGGAAGUUCAGAAGAAUUUUAAAUCCAAUGGGUGAUCCUGCUUUCCAUUCAUAUCCAUACUCUAAGCAUGACUUCCAGAUGAUUUUGCAUCAUAUGAAAUUAAAACAAAUGAGAGUUGAAGAGGGAAAAGAAAGAUUGCGUCAGAAAAAGAUGGAAAGAAUAGAACAGAAGAAAGCUCCUAAAGUCAAGGAAUUCAACUGUUCUCCAUGUGAUAUGACUUUUCCAAAUAAGGAAAAGUUGAUGGCACAUCGUCGAGAGCGCCAAUGUAUGCGUCGGGCUUGUGACAUUUGCGGGCAGUUAGUACUGAGCAUUGGUCAGCACAAGAGACACAUACAUAAGCAGAAUGUGCCCCACAAGUGCCCCACCUGUGGAAAAGAAUUUCCCAUCAUUGCCCGCUUGAAGAACCACAUGCUGAUACAUACUAACACGUUCAACUUCUUCUGCGACCUCUGCCCUUACAAAUGCAAGCAUAAGUACUAUCUGGUGAUGCAUAUGCGCACGCACACGGGAGAGAAGCCGUACAAGUGUGACCAGUGCACGGCUACAUUUGUCAAUCCUUCCAAUCUUAAUAAGCACAAGUUGACACAUCAAGAGAAACAGUUCAAGUGCGGAAUGUGUGAGAAAGCUUUUCGAACGAACACAGCGUUGCGGGAACACCACGGAGCCGCACAUAUGAACAUAAAGCACGCUUGUAAUUACUGCGGCCGGGACUUCUGCUACAAAUCGGACCUUCGUAAACAUGAAAUACGCAACCACAAUCGUAUCAAACGCAACUAUGUCGGCGGCGAACCGACCUACAAGCAAGUGGAGCGUCUGCAGAAAAUGCAAGAUGGCAACACCAUCGAUAAGUGGCGUACCGAAGAGAUCAUAUUGCAGCAGCCGCAGAUAGUGCAGACCACCACUUACAUUGAUCAGAGUAAAGAGUUCCUGCCCGCCAACCACUCGAUGUACUUCUCUGACGUCACCGGCAUGAUACAGCAGCCACAAAUGAUUCAACAACACACAGUUCAGAUUACUCUCCCGGAUCUGGAAAUGAAGAAGGACGAGGUAAAAAUUUAUGAAACGCAACAAGGAAUUGGAUAUUUCUAAUCGAUUUAUUAGAGUAGAAUAAGCUUAACCUUAUAUAAAAUAUUAAUAAUUUACUUUUUAAACAAUGUAUUUUAUAAUAGUGAAUAGAGUACAGUGCA